AUAUAUAAAUGGACUCAUUAUAACGAACGUCUACUAGUUACAAUCUAUUAACAAUGGCAUCGAACAGCGCAAAGUUCCGGGGACUUCUCCAACAUCCUUACGAGCCCCUAUUCAUGCCCAAAUCCAACGGACAACUUUACUUCGAUCUUCCGGAAAAUUAUUUAACCGAUCGUUACCGCACCUUAGGCCAAUCCCUACAGAACCGUUUUGGCUCCAAUAUCUCCACCAGAGUUCCAGUUCAGAACAUCACCCCUCCGGAUAUUGGCUUAGCCCAAAGUGUUCCCCGGCGAGGUGGAUUCUCGGUGUUCAACACACUUCACCGCCGAGCUGCUGGGCAGCUGAUUGAGUUGUUCCUGAACCAGAGUAAUCCCGAUGCGCUGUUUGCCGUGGCAGCGUAUUGUCGCGACCGACUGAAUGCGCCAUUGUUCCAGUAUGCCCUAUCGGUCGCAUUGCAGCAUCGUCCUGAUACGGCCAACAUACCGAUACCAAACUUCCUGGAACUGUUUCCUGAUCGAUUCAUUGAAGCUUCCACUUUUCCACAGCUGCAGGAAGAGGGCAGGAUCGUUAGUCAAGGCGAUAGGAUGGCUGUAGACAUUCCGAUGAACAAUACUGCAUCAGAGCGAGAACCGGAACAACGAUUAGCUUACUGGCGUGAGGAUAUCGGUGUCAAUCUUCAUCAUUGGCAUUGGCAUUUGCUGUAUCCGUCCGAAGGACCGGAUAGAGUAGUGCGGAAGGAUCGACGUGGAGAAAUCUUUUACUACAUGCACCAACAAAUCCAAGGACGAUACAAUAUUGAACGGUUCUGCAACGGGCUGCCGAGGGUGCAGUCCUUUGCGCAAUUCCGGGAACCGAUUCCCGAGGGCUAUUUUCCGAAGAUAACACAGAGUUCAAACAACCGCACUUACCCCGGCCGGAGUCGUAAUCAGGUGUUAAGUGAUUUAAAUCGCGUCGAAGAUCAAGUUAAAGUGACAAUUGCGGAAAUGGAAUUGUGGACUGGAAGAAUAUUUGAGGCAAUAGAUUCUGGCGUUGCUAUGUCUGCCAACGGUCAACGGAUUCCUCUUGAUAACAAAGAGGGAAUUGACGUGAUUGCUAACAUUGUUGAAAACUCAUCGCUAUCGCCAAACUCGGACUUCUACGGUCGAUUGCACAUAGAAGGCCACCAAAUGAUAGGCUACGUACACGACCCGGAUAACUCGUUUCUGGAAGGUUUCGGAGUGAUUGCCGAUAACACCACGUCAAUGCGCGAUCCUGCCUUCUUCCGCUGGCACCAACACGUGGACGACAUCUUUGAGCGACAUAAGCGCAGAUUCCAGCCGUAUGGUGCUGCUGAGCUAUCGUAUCCAGAAAUCGAGGUUAAUUCAAUUAACAUCUCAUUGAAUCGCCCCGGUGGCAAAAACAAUGUUCUGUUGACCUUCUGGCAGAGAACACAAGUAGACCUGGGAAUUGGUCUUGACUUUGGACCCACUGGAAGUGCUUUUGUUACGUUCACCCACAUUCAGCACGCACCUUUUAGCUAUCAGAUUCAGAUCAACAACACAGGAAGAACACCGAAACGUGGUACGGUACGCAUAUUCAUAGGACCCAUUAGUGAUCAAAGUGGAAAACCAAUUCCCAUGCAACAGAAACGCCGUUGGAUGAUCGAGUUGGACAAGUUUGUGGUUAAUAUGAACCCUGGCAUGAACAACGUGGUGCGUCGUUCAGAGCAGUCAAACCUCACUAUUCCCCACGAGCGUACAUUCCGAAACGUAGCGGCUUCAACGCAACCAGAUAGCGAACCGUUCAGAUUUUGCAACUGUGGCUGGCCACAACACAUGUUGAUACCAAAAGGAACCCCUCAGGGAACACAAUUCGAGUUGUUUGUUAUGGUGUCCAACUACACCGAUGACGUUGUUGAUCAAAACUUUGACGAAACUGUUCCUUGUGAUGACGCCUAUUCAUUCUGUGGAUUGCGUGAUCGUCGUUAUCCAGAUGCUCGCAGUAUGGGAUACCCGUUCGAUCGCCUGUUGGCCCCAUCCGUAAACAGUUUGCAGGAUUUCACAAAACCCUAUAAAAAUAUGGCUCUGAAUCAAGUAAUGAUUCGCUUUACCAAUACGGGUGUCGACUACCUGGGAAAACCUGAGGAUCCUGGAAUUAUCCGGGAAUUAUUGUCAACGUGUCGAUCUAUUCUGCUGCUCGCGAUGGCAUCCAACAACACCAAAUUCCACGGACUUCUACAGCGGCCAUAUGAGCCGUUAUUCCUACCCAAGUCCAAUGGGCAGGUUUACUUCGACCUGCCCGACAACUACCUCACGGAUCGUUAUCGUCCCAUUGGCCAAUCGCUGCAGAACCGUUUCGGCUCCAACGUGCAAACCAGGAUCCCCGUGCCGAACAUCACCGCGCCCGAUAUAAGCUUCGCGCAGGCCAUUCCCCGCCGCGGAGGUUUUAGUGUGUUCAAUCAGCGCCAUCGUGAAGCGGCAGGCAGAUUGAUUGAGAUAUUUCUGAAUCAAAGCGACGCCGACACACUCUGUGCGGUGGCAUCGUACUGCAGGGACCGUAUCAAUGCGCCACUGUUCCAGUAUGCAUUGUCCGUGGCCUUGCAGCAUCGCUCAGAUACAGCAGGAGUACCGGUUCCGAGUUUUCUUGAGCUGUUUCCAGAUCGAUUUGUUGAAUCGUCUACGCUUCCGCAGAUGCAGGAAGAAGGUCGAAUUGUUAAUCAAGGUGACAGGAUGGCAAUCGAUAUACCGAUGAAUUAUACGGCGUCUGAGCGUGAGGUUGAGCAACGGAUGGCUUACUGGCGCGAGGAUAUUGGAGUUAAUCUUCACCACUGGCACUGGCAUUUGGUUUACCCUGCUGAGGGUCCAGACAACGUGGUUCGCAAGGAUCGACGAGGAGAAUUAUUCUACUAUAUGCACCAGCAAACUAUGGCUCGGUAUACUGUUGAACGGUUUUGUAAUGGGCUGCCAAGGGUACGACCCUUUGCUCAUUUUCGAGAGCCUAUUCCCGAGGGUUACUACCCCAAAAUUACCCAGAGUGCUAAUAACCGUUCAUAUCCUGGCCGUGGUCGGAAUUCAUAUUUGAGUGACCUGAACCGUGUUGAGGAUCAAGUUAUUGUGUCAAUUAAUGAUAUGGAGACGUGGACAGGUAGACUAUUUGAAGCAAUUGACGCAGGAUCUGCUACUACAAGUGAUGGACGUCAAAUUCCCCUUGACAACAAUUCUGGGAUUGACGUUCUAGGCAACAUGGUGGAAAAUUCUGCUCUUUCACCGAACGUCAACUACUACGGAAGGCUACACAACGAAGGCCACAACAUGCUUUCCUAUGUGCAUGAUCCAGAUAACUCGUUUCUAGAAGGGUUUGGGGUAGUCGGCGAUAAUACAACGGCUAUGCGGGAUCCCGUAUUCUAUCGCUGGCACCAGCAUAUAGACGACGUAUUCCAACGUCAUAAGCGUCGAUUCAAGCCAUACACUAAAGACGAUCUCAACUUCUCGGAUAUUGAGGUCGAUUCGUUCAACGUUCAGCUGAAUCGAGCGGGAGCCAAGAAUAAUAUUUUGCUAACAUUCUGGCAACGAUCUCAGGUGGAUUUGGGGGCUGGUCUCGAUUUUGGCCCUGAAGGCAAUGUUUUCGCAACAUUUACGCACAUUCAACAUGCGCCGUUUACCUACAGGAUUGAAAUCAAAAACGAAAGUAGAACUCCAAGGCGUGGCACCGUUCGACUAUUCUUAGGCCCCAGAGUUGAUGAGCGAGGCAAUAAUAUCCCCUUCAAAGACCAGCGACGGUGGAUGAUAGAACUGGAUAAAUUUACUGUGAACUUAAGUCCGGGUGAGAAUAAUGUUGUACGUCGCUCGGAACAAUCAAGCGUAACCAUCCCGUACGAGCGCACGUUCCGCAACAUUGCCAGGUCCAACCAGCCGGACAGCGAUCAGUUCAGGUUCUGUAACUGCGGCUGGCCAUCGCAUAUGUUGAUUCCGAAGGGGACUCCACAAGGGCAGCAGUUCGACUUUUUCGUUAUGGUGUCCAACUUUACCAAUGACACGGUUAAUCAAGAGUAUGAUGAGAACAUCCCGUGUGACGAUUCCCACUCAUUUUGCGGAUUACGUGAUCGUUUGUAUCCUGACGCACGCAACAUGGGAUUUCCUUUCGACAGAGUGACGCCAUCGAAUGUGUCCAGUUUGAAGGAAUUCGUCAAGCCAUACAAGAACAUGGCCACAACACCAGUUCAAAUACGCUUCACAAAUACGGUUAUUGCAAGAUCGUGAAGAGGACUUCUUUCAAUUUCUACCAGCGAUAUAUAUGACAUGAUAUUUGAUUGAUUUGAAUAUUUAAUAUCACACAUGUUGGAUUAUUUGAUUGGAAUGCAUAAAUAAACUAUCACUAAUUGGCAAAAAAAUCACAUUCAAUUAGGUAUAUUGCGCUGCCUUUGAUUAUUAACGGCA